AUGUCUUUGACUCCUCUAUCUACUGGUUGCUUUGAAAGUCGUGAAGCUCUAAUCCAACAUGCCCAAUCUCAUGCCCUUAAUUAUGGAUAUGCUGUAUGCAUUAAAAAAUCAGAACGAGAUAAAUUCGUUUAUCUGUGCUGUGAUAGAGGUGGUGUCUAUAGAAAUUCUCUAAAUCUUACAGACGAAACUCGUCAAAAGGCCACGA